UUAAUGGAACCAUUUGUGGUCAUUAUAAGGAACCAAAAGAACAACACCCCUUCUCUAAUGUUGAAAAACUCUUCCUGGUCACACUUCAUUUACAGACAUUGCAGAGCUGUAGUCAUGCACGCAAUAAUGAACUUUACCUUCAUAACAGCUUUAAUUCUCUGCAGCUUCAGCUGGAUCUCUGUCUCAGUGUCUGAGUCUCAGAUUGUGAAGGCUCAGCCUGGUCAAGAAGUUAAACUGCUGAUCUCCAACAUUUCUAAACAUGAAACUGUGACGUUCUGGUUCAGACUGGUCAACAGGACCAAGGUCAGCUGUAUCUCAGUUAUGUACAGGUCUGACAGUAAAGCUGAAUUCUGUGAUGGAUAUGAAGCUGGAAAUUUUGAAAUGAGAUCCAACAUCUCUACUGUCUAUCUCAAAAUCAAACGAGUGGAUGUAUCUGACUCUGGACAGUAUUUCUGUGGAUUUUACACAAGCGGGCGUCCAAUUUUCAGUGUGAUUAAUUUAAAGGUUGGAGGUAAGAUUAUUAUAAAGUCUUGUCUUUCAAGUGGUACCUAUUCUUUGGUCAUUUCACUCCUUGCUCUUCUCACCUCACACCGUCUCUCAACCUACUCAUCACCUGCAGUUGAAGUACCCUGGCGCCCCUACCAUCCGCUGCCAGAUCAUCACAGCUCUCUCAGUAGUGGCUAGGCUGCUUAAGUUCUUUUGUGACUUCAGUUAUUCUCUCAUGCUCUCUCUCUUGCUUUGCUAAUAGUUAUUUUCUGUGCCUAGGAUUCCUGUGCCGGCUGUGCUGGCCUGCCU